UGGGAAAGGUAACGCACGUCCUUCCUGAGCACUGUGGAUUUGCACUUUCACUUCGCCCUUGUCCAGGUGCGAGGGCGGAAACACAACGUCCGCGGAGAGGCCGCGAGGUACCGUAAAUCCGUGCAACGACGAACAACUGCGAGACGAUGCUUUCGGCGUUGUCCUCUAUCGAAGUACCCUUCAUUCCCAAGUGGGCUGCGUUCCUCAUGGCCCACAUUCUUGCCCUGCUGACAAAGACGACCCCGCCGUCAACGAAUACACUGGACACCGAGUACCCCGAAAAGUAUUACGACUAUGUCAUAGUGGGAGGUGGCUCUGCAGGCUGUGUACUAGCCAACCGGUUGUCUGCGGAUCCUUCAACAUCGGUGUUGCUCAUUGAGGCCGGAAAGGCUGAGGACGCCACCACGGAAAUACCCAUAUUUGCCUUGAUACACUCCCACGGGCCCUACGAUUGGGAUUUCACGACGACGACGCAGAACUACUCUUGUCUCGCUCUUCACGAUCAGAAGAGUGUAUGGCCCAGAGGAAAAGCACUGGGUGGGUCGAGUGUUAUCAACUACAUGAUGUACGUCCGUGGAAACAAGCACGACUACAACCUGUGGGCGAAGAACGGAGCAUAUGGCUGGUCCUACCAAGAAGUGUUGCCAUACUUCAAGAGUAUCGAGACCUUCAAUAUUCCAGUGCACGGAGGUACAGAGUACCAUGGCACCAGUGGCGAGCUCCCUGUCUCCUACUCACCUACGGAAACCCUACUUAGUAAAGUGUUUCGACAAGCGGGAUACGAACUUGGCUUCGAGCACGUGGACUACAAUGGCGCAAGGCAAACGGGUUUUUCACGAGUGCAGAACAACAUUCGCAACGGUGAGCGGGUCAGCUCGAGCAAAGCGUUCAUACUCCCCGUGAUCGACGAACGCAACAACCUAGACGUCACUCUCAACAGCAAGGCUUUGAAGAUCGUUUUCAAAGGAAAACGUGCAAUUGGCGUCGUGUACGAGAAACAGGCCGAAACGUAUUUCGUCCGUGCCAAACGGGAGGUGAUAGUGUCUUCGGGAGCUAUCGGAUCGCCCCAGCUGCUCAUGCUUUCAGGAAUUGGACCGAAGGAACACCUCUAUCACCACGGGAUUAACCUGAUUGCCGACCUCCCUGUGGGCAAAAAUCUCCAGGACCAUGUUUACGUAGGCGGGCUUGCUGCAACUAUAAAGAAGAAAGCACAGAUAGAUCUCCAUGCCGUUCAGACAUUCAAGGAUUACAUCUUUCAGCAUUCAGGUGGUCUUUCCAUCCCAGCUGCCAUAGAGUCCGUAGCCUUUGUUAGCACGCCCUUCGUGAAUGCGAGUUACGACUUCCCUGACGUUGAGAUAGUGAUCGUGUCACUCGGACCGCAGUCUGAGGAAGGGGAGCGCUUUCUUACCGACCACGGGAUCACCGGAGAGGUCUACAGAAAAUAUUACUUACCAAAGCGGGCUGGUGGCACGAAUGCCUUUCAGCUUGUACCUAUCUUGAACAGACCAAAAUCGCGAGGAUUCUUGAAGCUCAGAAGCAGAGACCCCGAUGACCCUCCCAUCAUUGACCCUAAGUACCUCACGCAUCCUCAAGACAUCAAAGUGGCCGUUGAAGCAUCCAAGUGGGCCUUGCGGGUCAUGAAGACAAAGGCGUUCAAGAAGCUUGGGCUAAAACCGUGGAAUAUUCUGUUUCCCGGCUGCGAGAGGUACGAAAUGUACAGCGAGGGGUACCUGGCUUGCCUCGCUAGACACAAUACCAUGAGCACGUGGCAUCCUUGCUGCACGUGCGCCAUGGGAUCGGACGACUACGCUGUAGUGGAUACUAGACUUAGAGUGAGAGGAGGUGUCCGUGGCCUGCGAGUCGUCGAUGCUUCCGUAAUGCCUAGGAUAGUGACAGGCAACCUCAACAUCCCCACUCAGAUGAUCGCAGCAAAGGCAGCGGCCAUGAUCCUAGAAGACUACAAAGCUUCCGAAGCGAGCAAGGCCGCGGAAACCGAGGAAGCGUCCUGACGAAGACCGUCGUUUUCAUUGGUUCCCAUGAGUGCCAUCAACAAAACUUGGUGGUUAUAAACUGAAUAAGAGAAUCCUCGUCCUGU